AUGGAUAACUCGCUUCCUAACCUACAGACAAGUGAAACAAUAACUUCUCUAAGAGAUUCACUAACAACUAAUAUUGUUAAGACAGAGGAUCCAACAAGCACUUGCCUGAUUUCGCUUGUUUCUUCUGUUUCAACAAAGCCUGAGGAAACAAACGACGAUAACACGAAAAGUAAGCAAGGUUAUCUAAGUCAUGGCAGUACAUUUACAAGCCAUACCGACUUUGUAAUAGCAGUCCAAGAAUAUGCGAUACAACAAGGUUUUACCAUGAGACUCCACAAAUUAAAGAGAAGCAAAACUGGUGCCGUACGAUGGAGAGAAAUAGUUUGUUCGCGUAAUGGAACUUCAAGUAAAAAAAAGGAAGGUGGUGAUAAACCAACGCGUAAUCGCCAAUCUCAACGAUGUAGAUGCCCUUUUUUAGUUCGUGCAUCUUUGAAUGGUACCUCAGGAUUAUGGGAAAUUAUUGCAACAAAGUUGGAUCAUAAUCAUGAUAUUGGAAUCACAACAAGGUCAAUUGGGACAAGUCAGGGUUAG